CGGCCUAGUUGCUCCACAACGCUUUGUCUCUCUCUUUCUGCAUUUUCUUCCUUCCUUCUUCUUUCUGACCGUCAUGGGAUUGGCACCGAGCGCCGACAACACCUUCGGGAUGCUCUUCGUCGCAGUGGCAGUUUCAUCCGCAUUGUAUGGAGGUCUGCUGCUCCGCCGCGCCCGCUCUGGCGAUCCUCGCUGAUGUCCGCGGAUUAGCGGGGAUUCUGCAGUUCUGGAUGUACAUCCGCAAGUACCAUAAAAAGGAUCCUUUGCUGGUCAAGGGCGUAGUCAUCGCGGUGCAG